AUGGAGACAUACUACGGUUACGUCAAAGCACCCCAGGACGCCAUCAUACUAUUCGAAGCCUGCCGUAUGGGCUUCUUAAAUCGCAUACAACGUCGUCUCUCCGAGAAAGAACGCUCACAAAUUCGCUCGGGUUCAGUCUUCGUCUGGGACGAACGUGAAGCUGGUAUGCGCCGUUGGACUGACGGAAAGUCAUGGUCAGCUUCCCGCGUUAGUGGCUCGUUUCUCACAUACAGAGAACUAGAAUCAAAGCGGAAAUCAGGGUCACGCGGGAGCAACAACCUUAACGAUCUUUCUAGUGAAGAUACAGACUCAACCAAAUUUAUCCAGCCGGGAGGUAACGAUUCGUCGGGAUACGUUGGGUCGGCACCGAUCAAUAUUCCUAACGGGAGGUAUACUUUCCCUCAACCUCAGCAACUGUCUUUCCCGAGUAGUUAUCCUCCACCUACUCAGCUGCCACCACAAGACAUUCGAUGGGAUAAUACUCGAAACAGUGAAGAUCAGCGGCAGUUAAAUGCAAUCUACACUACUUUGAGAUUGUAA